AUGCAAAUGCUUCUCUUACUUCUCCUUGCACGGCUGUUAGCAGCAUGGUCCCUUCCAACCUAUGAUCCCCCACAACGAGUGCGAGAGUUUAAUCUCGUGGUUACUUGGGCCAAGCAUGCACCAGAUGGCUUCUCACGUAACAUGUUCUUGGUCAAUGGGCAGUCACCGGGUCCUACAAUCGAGGUUGAUCAAAAUGAUGGGGUGAUUGUUCGUGUCAAGAACAAGUCUCCUUACAACACCACCGUUCACUUUCAUGGCAUUGAAAUGCUGGGCACUCCAUGGUCUGAUGGCGUUCCAGGGCUUUCCCAGCGCUCUAUUCCACCCGGCGGCCACUUUGUCCACGAGUUUACGGCAUCACAGUACGGAAGCUUCUGGUACCACUCGCACUUUCACGGUCAGAUAGAGGACGGCUUAUACGGACCACUUAUCAUCCAUCCUUCACCCGAAAAUUCGAAGCCCUUCCACUUGAUAUCUUCCGACCCUGCGGCUAUUGCCGCCAUGGUAAAAGCAGAGCGCAACGUCAAGCCUAUUGCCAUUGCCGACUUGAAUCAUUUUACCUCGGACGAAAAAUGGAAUAUCGCCUUAGCUAGUGGCGUCGAAGACUCGUGCUAUGAUUCAAUACUGUUCAAUGGUAAAGGCAGGGUGCGAUGUCUUCCAGCCGCCGAAGUUGCAGCCAACUUAAGCGACGAUCAAAAGGCUUAUUUAGCCCUGGGCAACGCAACAUCCAUGACAGAUAAGUCUUGUUUACCUGCCAAAGCUCUUGCUGCGUUGGGUGACCCUACCAAGGCAAACCUUUCUGCUAUUCCGGCUGGGGCUUUUACCGGCUGCAAGGAGACCAAUGGCACCGUCGAAGUUCUGAGGACUCAGCACUCCAAAACAAAUACCCAAAACUGGCUCGCAUUGACCAUCAUAGGCUCAUUAAACUUCAUCACAGCCAUGGUAUCCAUUGACGAGCACGACAUGUUUGUGUAUGCCAUGGAUGGGAGUUAUAUAAAGCCCCAAAAAGUACAGGCUCUUAUCCUCACCAAUGGGGAUCGAUAUAACAUUCUUAUUAAAGUUAAAAAAGCUGGAAAGUUCAAUAUUCGAGCGAAUGCAGUGAGCGCUCCCCAGGUAUUAACAGGAAACGCAGUCUUGGAGGUAGAGGGCCGCGAGAAAUGCAGCGAAAAGCAAUCUCAGCCAUAUAUCAGCAUCACAGGCGUACCUUUGUCAAAGAAUGUGACCGUAUUCAACCAAGACAUGGCAGCACCAUUUCCACCAGAACCAAUUGCUCGGAAGGCAGAUGCGCUGUAUAAGCUCAACAUGAGACUUGACGGAGCGUCUUAUCUUUGGGCGUUGAACUCGACUCGUCUAAUGCCCGCCGCUCUCGAUGCUGACAAAACACCCGUUCUGUUUACAAGGCCUGAAGCCAUACACGACAAUACUACCAUUUCAACACGAAACGGCACUUGGAUUGAUCUCGUCUUUUUCGCUAGUACCUUUCCAAUGCCUCCACACCCUAUUCACAAACACAAUAAUAAAAUGUUUCAAAUUGGGGGCGGUGAUGGCGAGUUCACUUGGUCUUCAGUUGAAGAGGCCAUAAAAGAGAGACCAGAAUUGUUCAAUCUUGUCAAUCCACCAAGGCGAGAUAGCUUUACGUCAAGACCGGCCACCAAAUCAAAAUCGUGGAUUGCAGUACGUUAUCAAGUUGUAAAUCCGGGCGCCUGGUUACUGCAUUGCCAUAUUAGCAAUCAUGUACUAGGAGGCAUGUCGGUUAUUAUCCAGGAUGGUGUAGAUAAAUGGCCCACAGUGCCUGAGGGAUAUUUGGAUUGGAGAUUUUGA